UCAGAGCGAUGAUCUGCUUGGUCCUAAAGCCAACCCUGCCGAAACUCUAAACAGCGGUGACAUUUUAAUAGAGAUUGAAAUGAAAGUAAAUUAUUACUUUUUUGUAGCCCACUUUUAAAUUGUUGGGGUUAAUCUUAUUGGCCUGCCCAAUUGAUGCCCCUGCUUGCACUUAACUCUGUGCGCCUGGCUCCUGAUCUCCGCUCAUACACAGCUAAAUUCAAAGGAGGAUAUAAUUUGCGCAUUGUGACCGUCUCCGGUCCAGCUACACCUGAAGGAAUUUCAACUGGAGACCGGUACACGCGCAGCUGGGUCCGAGCCAGGCAGCCAAAGCUCUGGAACAGGUCCGGCUGGAGUACUAACCAAAUACUGGAGUAGCCUACUAAGCGAUACCCAACAUGCAUGUGUUUACGAGGAUGAGCCGAGGUUCAAUGACGAUGGAGUUACCGUAAAAGUCGCUCUGGAAGAUUCAACCGGAUCUAGUGAAAACGAGAGAGCGAAGCCGCCCCGAACCUCCCGAGUUUAGCGAGUCUGGGGACCGGUGGCCCCGAUUUGGAAGGAGUUAACUCGAAUGAGAGGAGUCCUGGUCCGUUACUGGAUGGAAAGAUUGGGCCGAUUCGAAUUCAAGUGGAACACGGACGAGAGGAGAAGCCUCAGCCAGAAAAGGAGAUGAUCCCAAACUAACCAGCACUACUUUCGCCUUGACGGGGGACACAAUCAUGCAGUGGUUUUCUGUUUGGGACAAAACCGCAGCAUCAACAGACUAUGGAUCCACCUAUGAGAGGAUGAAUGACAAAGUGGGAUCUAAGACAGUGCUGAGUUACCUGUAUGUCUGUCCAUCCAAUAAGAGAAAGAUAAUGGUGCUGACAGACCCUGAGUUUGAGAGCAGUGUGCUCAUCAGCUCGGAUGAAGGAGUGAGCUAUCAGAAAUACCGCCUCAGCUUCUACAUCCUAAGCCUUCUGUUCCAUCCAACACAGGAGGAUUGGGCUCUAGCCUACAGCCACGACCAGAAGUUGUACGCCUCCCUGGAAUUUGGGAGAAAAUGGCAGCUGGUUCAUGAGCAUGUGAACAGGUUCUACUGCUCGUUACAAACCCAACCAAUAAGAUCCAUCAUCGCGGCGGUGCAGGAGUGGAACCAGAAUGACACAUACAACCUGCACCUCUCCGACACCCUGGCCAUGGAGAACGUCAAGACCACCCAGAUGCUGGACCUGUAUGAGGUCGCUAACAGGAGGCUAGACAACCAGGUGAAGACCUACAUCACCUACAACAAGGGCCGUGAUUGGAGGUUACUGCAGGCCCCGGCGACAGACCUGGCUGGCAACGACACCCACUAUAUACAGGGAACAUUGAGUCGGAGCUGUCAAACGAUAAUGUUGGAAUGUUCAUCUCAUCUGAUGCUGGUAACAACUGGAGACAGGAUCAUUUUUGAUGAUGGGCUGCAGUGGACCAGCUUCUCUUUGGUGCCUCUGUUCGUGGACGGGAUGCUGGCGGAGGCCGGGACAGAGAACCAGAUCAUGAUGUUUCUGACUAUCUCACGGGCGCUUCACAUCAGUGACCCAGAAGUUGAUGGGGAAAAUGACAAGAAGAGAUGCACACCAAGGUUUGAUAGGCUUUGUAAAAUAAAACCUCUCUACCCCAGCAUCGUUGAUGCCUGCAAGACUUAUUUUCAGACCUUCCAGAACCUGUCCAUCAAUGAGAGAAUGUUAUUGGAUUUUCAACUGCUGGGGAAGGGCUACAAACUGUUUGUGGGGGGCUACAAACUGUUUGUGGACAACUUCUACACAAGCCCUACCCUGUUUACAGAGCUGAGGAAGCAGGAGGUGUGGGCUUGUGGCAACAUUCGUACCAACAGGGUGGGAUUUCCAAAGACCAAGGGCGAGCCGUGCGUGAUGGGCAAGAAACAGAUCUAUAUGAAACCCAGACCAGGAAACUAUUGCAUGCUGGGAAAAGACCACGUCAAAGUCCUCUCUGCUGAGUCAUGUCCUGUGGAACAUGUCCAGUUGCUGACUCCGUUUGUGGCCAUCAAGAACAAGGAAGUAAACCUAACAGCAGUGGUGUGGCCCAUCCACUCCAGGACCGUCACCUACUUCUGGUGGCUGGGGAACAGCACUGAGUUGGUGAUCAGCUUAGACGGGAGCAUCUGGUACACCUUCACCAGCGAGGGAAUGCACACUGUUACGGUCCCAGUGUUUUCAGCCAACACCAUACUGCAAGACACCAAGACCAUACUGCCAGACUGUCACGUUCUGACCUUAGUUAAUUUUUUAUGUCUCUAUUUUGGUUUUGUCAGGGCGUGAGUUGGGGUGGGCAUUCUAUGUUUUUUUAUAUGUUUUGUUUUUCUGUGUUUGGCCUGGCAUGGUUCCCAAUCAGAGGCAGCUGUCAAUCGUUGUCUCUGAUUGAGAACCAUACUUAGGUACCCUGUUUUCCCACUUUGAGUUGUGGGUGAUUGUUUUCUGUUUUGUGUGUAUACCUUACAGAAAUAUUUCGUUUCGUUUUCUCUCUUUGUUGUUUUUGUCAUUUCAGUGUUCAGUUUAUUUUAUAACAUUAAAAAUGAACACUUA